GGGUCUGUGUCUUCCAGGAGUCCAGUGAGCACAGCGGCCCAAAGAAGGGGACGUUGGUGACAUGGGGGAGGAGCUGUGGGAGCAGGACGGGAUGACGCGGACGCACCCAGCCUGCAGAGCGUGUGCGGCGACGUCCCGGCUCCGAGGGUGUCAAGGAAUAACGGAAGACAAGGGCGGAAACUGAGGCCGGGGCACAGAGCCUCAGUCGGAGCACAGCCGUCAUCCGGGUGGAUCUUCUGCACCUGAUCCGUGCGCAGCCUGGAGUAAAACUUCCUGGAUGGUUAUUCUAGAGGUCCUAUUCUGCAGAGAGAGGAGGGAACCAAUGGCAGGGGGGUACUGGAAAUGGGACAGAUCUUCGCUCAGUGACACAUGGAGAGUUCUUGCUUCAUGGUCAGAAGACUACCAGACUGGCCUUUCUCACACCUUCCUUCUCGCCACACCUCUGCCUCCUUCAGACUCUGCCCUUCCCUAGCCAGCGAGCACCCAGGAGGGGAUGGCUGUUGUGUCUGUACCUGCCACAUGCCAGGAAUCUGUGACAUUCGAGGAUGUGGCUGUGGUCUUCACAGAUGAAGAGUGGCGGCACCUGGUCCCCAUGCAGAGGGCGCUGUACAAGGCAGUGAUGCUGGAGAACUAUGAGAGCAUUGUCUCGCUGGGACUUCCAGUCCCUCCACCUGAUGUGAUUUUUCAGUUGAAGCGAGGGGACAAGCCAUGGAUAGAGGGUCUUCAAGGACCUGAGGAGAAAGAAUGUCCACUGAUUAUCUUUCUAGAUUGGGAGACCAAGCCAGAGACUCAAGAUGCCUCCAAAGAAGAAAACCCAGAAGGAACCCUGAACCCCAGCCUCGGCAGGCAAAGUCCUCUGUGUCCCAGACUUGAAGCUCAAGUACCAGAGGGGGCAGAAGAGGAAAGCCCUGCCGUGGAGACUUGUAAGAAGCCCCCUUCCCAGGACAAAAGCCUGCAACGAGGGCCAGCCCCACCCCGGAAGGUCCUCGAGAAAGACCGAGACCAGGAAUGCAGUGCCUGCGGGAAGACCUUUUUUGACCACUCUUCUCUCGUCCGGCAUCAGAGGACACACACUGGGGAGAAGCCCUAUGACUGUCCCGAGUGCGGGAAGGCCUUCAGACACAGGAGCAGCCUGAGCCGACACUUGAUGUCGCACACUGGGGAGAGCCCCUACGAGUGCGGAGCGUGCGGCAAAGCCUUCUUUGACCGAUCCUCGCUCACUGUGCACCAGCGCAUCCACACGGGCGAGAAGCCCUUCAAGUGCAGCGAGUGUGGGAAAGCCUUCUUCGACCGGUCGUCCCUCACUCGGCACCAGAGAAUCCACACUGGAGAGAGUCCUUACGAGUGCCACCAGUGUGGAAAGGCCUUUAGCCAGAAAAGCAUUCUCACUCGGCACCAGCUCAUCCACACGGGCAGGAAGCCGUAUGAAUGCAGCGAGUGUGGGAAAGCCUUCUAUGGAGUCUCGUCACUGAACAGGCACCAGAAAGCUCACGCGGGGGAGCCGCGCUACCAGUGUAACGAGUGCAGCAAAGCGUUCUUCGACCGCUCAUCCCUCACACAGCACCAGAAGAUCCACACGGGCGACAAGCCCUAUGAGUGCAGCGAGUGCGGCAAGGCCUUCAGCCAGAGGUGCCGGCUCACGCGGCAUCAGCGGGUUCACACGGGGGAGAAGCCCUUUGAAUGCAGUGUGUGUGGGAAAGUAUUCAGCUCGAAAUCCUCAGUCAUUCAGCAUCAACGGCGUUACGCCAAACAGAGGGUAGACUGAGCUGGGUGGGAGCUUGAGUCACACCAAGGAGCUCUGUACACACCUAAGACCAGGUCUCCUCUGUCACACCCAGGCCCAGCGUUUGCACUCGGGCUCCCAUCCUGCCUGGCCUCUGUUCCACAGUGUUUGAAUAAACACUCUGUACCUACUGUGUUGUAGAACUGAUGUGGGGUAUGCAAGUAGGAAAUGACUCUAUAGAGUCAAAUAUCUGGAGAGGGGUGGGGAUGUAGCUCAGUGGUAGAGCACUUAUCCAGCAUGUGCAAGGCCCUGGGUUUAAUAACCAGCACUACAAAACAAAAUUUUUGGUGAGGUUGUCAGAAAUAGGGAAGAUGUAGGAGGGGGUCCUCAGAGACACCUACUGUCAGAACCUGGGCUCUAGGCAGUACUGCACUUUAAACAACUGGAGGCUACAGCAAGAGGGGAAAGGCACAAUUACACCACAGCAACUGUUUUUUCACACUAAGUUGUUUUUGUAGUUGUUAGUCCCUCUUUCUUGAAGCUUUUCUGGGCACUGGCCUUGUUCUUGUGUGCCCCAGAUUUUAGAAUUCUUAAUAUUUCUAGCGAUCAUUAACAUGUAUCGAGCACUUGUUGUGGGGUAAACACUCAGCUAAGAACUUGCCAAGGACAAGACUGUUCAAUCCUCUCACCAGCUCUGUGACAUAGGCGCUGUUGCUGGCUGCAUUCUACAGAUGAGCACACUAAGGUGUAAGAGAUGGAAUUACUGGCUCAAGGUGACACGGUAGUGAAAGGUGAAACCAGGGCUCCAGUUAGUCUCUUUCAAAGUCUGUUCUCUUCAUCAUGCUAUGAGUUUUGUUUUAUAAUUUAUGUGUAUAUGUUAGCUCUUUAACUAGAUUGUAAGCACUUGGAAGUAUGACUUACAGGACUUUGUGUCUUGCACAGUGCCUUGCAAAUAGUGCUCAAUAAAUAUUUAUCUGAAUGAA